AUGGAAGAAACCUUUUUUCUUCAAAACUUUGAAAACAUCAACGAGGAGAGCAUCCCCUCGCCGCUCAUCCACCACUCGGCGGACUGCCGGGAGGUUAACUUUGCGAGGGGGAAACCACGGGCAAGGGCACAAUCGGGUCAACGCCACAGAGAUGAAGGCCUAGCAGAGGACCAAAUGGAGGGCCAAUUGGCCAGCUGCAUGACGAGCCAAUCAGACCCCGCCGCCAGAAAAGACAACUACCUCUGUAUCAACGCCAACACCUUCAAUGGAAAAUGCUACCGCAAGCAGAUCCCUAUCCUUGACGAUAUUCAUCUCCGCUUCUCCCUGGGCGAGUCUCUGGCCUACCUCCUCAACGCCUACUUGCGGAAGGGGCUCAUCGAGAGGACCCUGUACAACAAAAUGGUGCACUCUUUCCAAGUGGCCAUCAUCGCGACGCUGCGCCAGCUGAAGGAGUCCAGAGGCAGCAAGUGGACCAUCAAGGGAAGACUAAUCAACUUUAAAAAAGAAAACAACAUCCAGCUGUUCUACGUGGAGGACGCCGUCCUGUCCUUCGGAAAAUUUGUCUUACAUGUCCCCCUGCUCAAAAUGAAAUCAAUCGAUUUGUAA